UGUCAUUCGCAUGAGUUGCGUUGUAUUAAAAUCUGAGUAAUAAAUUUUUUUUUUUUUUUUUUUUUUAUAAUUUUUCUUAAGUUUUGUACAAUUUUCUGUAGAAAAUUUGAAUAAAUUUUGUGAAAAUAUUGUGGAUUUUUGUUUAUAAAGUUAUUAAUACUUGAACGGGAAGAAGAAAAUUUGUAAGGCCCAUAUUGUUUUUUUGGUAGAGAAUUAAUUUUGUUUGUUCAUUUUAUAAUCUUAUCAUAUAAAAAAAUUAACAUACAAACUCGGAUUCAAGAUGCCCAAACCUCUGAAUGUACGUGUUACAACAAUGGAUGCUGAAUUGGAAUUCGCAAUUCAGCAAACUACAACAGGUAAACAAUUAUUUGAUCAAGUCGUCAAAACAAUUGGCCUGAGAGAAGUUUGGUUUUUUGGAUUACAAUAUACAGAUUCCAAAGGUGAUUUAACCUGGAUUAAGCUUUAUAAAAAACCCGAAAAUAAUUUCUUAAGAGUUGUUAAAAAAGUCAAAAAGCUCAAAAAAUAUGUUGAUAAAAAGCAAAAAGAAAAAUCCUUCGAAACUUGUGAAGAAGAGCAAUCUGAUAGUGAUUUUGAAGAUAUGACAGGAUCAAUGCCGUUUUCAAUAUGGGUUAUGAAUCAGGAUGUUAAAAAAGAAAACCCCUUGCAAUUUAAAUUCCGUGCAAAAUUUUAUCCUGAAGAUGUAGCCGAAGAGUUAAUUCAAGAUAUUACACUACGUUUGUUUUACUUGCAAGUUAAGAAUGCCAUUUUAUCUGAUGAAAUAUAUUGUCCACCAGAAACAUCCGUAUUAUUAGCAUCUUACGCAGUUCAGGCACGUCAUGGGGAUUAUAUAAAAACAACUCAUAGCCCUGGAUUUCUUGCAAAUGAUCGUCUAUUGCCACAACGUGUUAUUGAUCAACAUAAAAUGUCGAAAGAAGAAUGGGAACAAUCCAUCGUAACAUGGUGGCAGGAACACCGUGGAAUGUUACGCGAAGACGCAAUGAUGGAGUAUUUAAAGAUUGCUCAAGAUUUGGAAAUGUAUGGAGUUAAUUAUUUUGAAAUACGCAAUAAGAAAGGCACAGAGUUGUGGUUGGGUGUUGAUGCAUUGGGCCUAAACAUAUAUGAACGAGACGAUAAAUUAACACCGAAAAUUGGUUUUCCAUGGUCUGAAAUUCGUAAUAUAUCAUUUUCUGAUCGCAAAUUUAUAAUUAAACCAAUUGAUAAAAAAGCUCCAGACUUUAUAUUUUUUGCUCCACGUGUUAGAAUUAAUAAAAGGAUAUUAGCGUUAUGCAUGGGAAACCAUGAAUUAUACAUGCGAAGGCGUAAGCCAGAUACAAUAGAUGUACAACAAAUGAAAGCGCAAGCCAGAGAAGAGAAAAAUGCAAAGCAACAAGAAAGGGAAAAACUUCAAAUUGCAUUAGCAGCCAGAGAGCGUGCCGAAAAAAAACAGCAGGAGUAUGAAGAUCGUUUAAAGCAGAUGCAGGAAGACAUGGAAAAAUCCCAGCGAGAUUUGUUGGAAGCUCAAGAUAUGAUUCGUCGUUUAGAAGAUCAGUUAAAACAAUUACAACAAUCUAAAGAUGAGCUUGAAAUGCGUCAAAAGGAAUUACAGGCCAUGCUAAAUCGUCUUGAAGAAGCCAAGAACAUGGAGGUAGCCGAAAAAGCUAAAUUAGAAGAUGAAAUUCGUGCUAAACAGGAAGAGGUUCAACGCAUUCAAGAAGAAGUUAAUGCUAAGGAUGAUGAAACAAAACGAUUACAAGCCGAAGUUGAGGAAGCUCGUCGUAAACAGAGCGAAGCAGCAGCAGCUUUGCUAGCCGUUUCAACAACACCUCAACAUCAUCAUGUUGCCGAAGACGAAAAUGAAGAAAAUGAGCUACUUAAUGGUGAAGGCAAUGGUGAUGUAUCACGGGAUCUGGAUACUGAUGAAGGCAUUAAGGAUCCUAUAGAGGACAGGCGUACAUUAGCCGAAAGAAAUGAAAGACUUCACGAUCAAUUGAAGGCAUUAAAACAAGAUUUGGCACAAUCUAGGGAUGAAACAAAAGAAACUGUCAAUGACAAAAUACAUCGGGAAAAUGUUCGCCAAGGCCGUGAUAAAUAUAAAACAUUGCGUGAAAUUAGAAAAGGAAACACAAAGCGCCGUGUAGAUCAAUUUGAAAACAUGUAAAUGUGGAGAAUACAUUCAAGCAAGCAAAAAUCCCUAAUGUUAUAUAGAAUUCAUAAGAAAAAUAUGUUGAUUUAAACAAACGAAAACUAAAUUAAUAAUUUUAAAACAUCUAAUUUUUUAUAGUUUAAUUUUGCUUUUGUUGUAACUUUCAUUUGAGUUUUGAGGAUAAACUAAAAUGUUAAAGGCUUUGAAAAUAAAAGCUCAAAUUCAACUAAAUGUAACAAAAAUGUAUAUAUUUAUAUUGGUCAAUUUAAUAAACCAUAUCUUUGAAAUAAUAUUGAAUUUAUUAUGAAUUCAAA